CGGAUAUUAAUUAUUCUACAGAUACAAAUACGUGGUUCCACCUGACAACAGUUUCGGCUCCAAGCAGACUGAUGGGUCCUGGUCAGGCUUGAUGGGCAUAGUGGUGAGGGAGGAAGCGGAGUUUUGUGCUGACCCGGUGAGUUUGUCUUUUGCACGGGCUGAAGUGGUGGAUUUUACCAUGCCACUAACUAUACUAUACUCAAGGAUCUUCGCUGGUCGAGGGCGGCCAGAAAUCGACCCGUGGGGCUUCCUGUUCGCACCUCUGGCGCCGUUAGUGUGGGUGGCCAUCCUGACGACAAUGUUGAUGCUGCCAGUCGUGAUGUUCCUCUUGUCUUCUUCAUUCUCUCGAAACGACUAUAAACAUGACAACUGGACAUCGAAUUCCUUUAGUUUAUUUCGUAUCUUACUGCAGCAAGACUACAUGGUGUCUGGAUGGUGGUGGAGGCGUCUUGUGUUCGCUGUUUGGAUGUUAAUGUCACUCGUGCUGGUCAAGAGCUACGCCGGGACUCUCAUGUCCGUACUCGCAGUAAGACACAUCGAACAGCCAUACCAAACCCUUCGUGACCUUUUAGACAGCCCCUCGACAACUAUGAUUUGGCAGAGCAACUCAAAGGUUGUUGAAUAUAUCAAGUCAGUGGAGUCUGGGAUAUACCGUGAAGUGGCCGAAACGGAGUCAAGGGGAGGCAUCAAGUACCAGACAUUGUUUGAGGUCUUCCACAGCGCCGACACCCUGGUGAGGCGAGGCGACCACGUUCUUAUAAACAACGAGAUCAUCAUUAGUAUGAUCGUUAGCCGAGACGUCUCUAAAACAGGUCGUUGUGACUUCUACUUGUCGAGAGAGAGGUUGCUGCCAUCUGCCUUAGCUCUCAUUGGUCAAAAGAACAGUCCUCUUGUUCCUGUAAUAAGUAGAAUGGUCAUGUCAAUAACUGAAGCUGGGCUGUACUACCAGUGGAUUAAACAACAAAUACCAAACUUCACAACGUGUUCCUUCCCUCCGACUAAGAUCACUGUCAGCACCUCUCUCUCCGUGGAAAACCUUUGGGGGAUGUUUGUGCUCCUAGUCACCGGACUGACUCUCAGCGCUCUUAUAUUUUGCCUCGAGAUCAUCGCCCAUCGUAUUUUUCCAGUAUAAAACUCCUCAUGUAGUGAAUAAAUGGUUGACUGACAAUAAAUAGUGCAAGCUU